GGGGCUCCGGGUAAAGUUUCAGCCUCCGCACGUGACUCGCCAUGGCCGCUGCCGUCGCCCCGCGCCCCUGAGCCGCGGCCCCCCGGACGGCUCCUCUCCCGGGACCCCACAACCCUGACGCCAAGCAGUGCCGAGGCGCCGGGUUAGGGCAGACGCCGUGCCCGCUGACUCUCCAGACGUGUUGCGUCCCCCUGCUGCGAGCACCACAGGACAUGGCCCCCCCAACUGCCUAGCUGGGGUCCAUCUAGGAGUGGCAUCUCUUUUGGUGCCCUGAAGGCCAGCUCUGAACCUUCCCAGGAAAGUGACAGCUCACAGAACUGCUUCGCCAAAGGACCAGCUCUUGGAAUAUUCCCCAACCCACCUGGCCCCCCAGCUAGGGUGGGGGCUCCAGAAGGCUGAGAUUGGUUUGUUGACGUUGGACAGCAGCUCCAGGACAGAAGAGGGGGGUGGGCUGACCACCCAAACCCCCUCUGGGCCCAGGCCCCAUGCCUCGAGGAGGGGCAGCCUGAAGCCCGCCACAGCUCCCUGCCAGACUAUCUGCCUGCCCUUCUGACUGUGGUCGCUUGGCAUGGCCAGCAACAGCAGCUCCUGCCCAACACCUGGGGGUGGGCACCUCAAUGGGUACCCGGUGCCUCCCUAUGCCUUCUUCUUCCCUCCUAUGCUGGGUGGACUCUCCCCACCAGGCCCUCUGACCACUCUCCAGCACCAGCUUCCAGUUAGUGGAUACAGCACACCAUCCCCAGCCACCAUUGAGACCCAGAGCAGCAGUUCCGAAGAGAUAGUGCCCAGCCCUCCCUCGCCACCCCCUCUGCCUCGCAUCUACAAGCCUUGCUUUGUCUGUCAAGACAAAUCCUCAGGCUACCACUAUGGGGUCAGCGCCUGUGAGGGCUGCAAGGGCUUCUUCCGCCGCAGUAUCCAGAAGAACAUGGUGUACACGUGUCACCGGGACAAGAACUGCAUCAUCAACAAGGUGACCCGGAACCGCUGCCAGUACUGCCGGCUGCAGAAGUGCUUCGAAGUGGGCAUGUCCAAGGAGUCUGUGAGGAACGACCGAAACAAGAAGAAGAAGGAGGCGCCCAAGCCCGAGUGCUCCGAGAGCUACACCUUGACGCCGGAGGUCGGGGAGCUCAUUGAGAAGGUGCGCAAAGCGCACCAGGAAACCUUCCCUGCCCUCUGCCAGCUGGGCAAAUAUACUACGAACAACAGCUCAGAACAGCGUGUGUCUCUGGACAUUGACCUCUGGGACAAGUUCAGUGAACUCUCCACCAAGUGCAUCAUUAAGACUGUGGAGUUCGCCAAGCAGCUGCCUGGUUUUACCACCCUCACCAUUGCCGACCAGAUCACCCUCCUCAAGGCUGCCUGCCUGGACAUCCUGAUCCUACGGAUCUGCACGCGGUACACGCCCGAACAGGACACAAUGACCUUCUCGGACGGGCUGACCCUGAACCGGACCCAGAUGCACAACGCUGGCUUCGGCCCCCUCACUGACCUGGUCUUUGCCUUCGCCAACCAGCUGCUGCCCCUGGAGAUGGAUGAUGCUGAGACUGGGCUGCUCAGUGCCAUCUGCCUCAUCUGUGGAGACCGGCAGGACCUGGAGCAGCCUGACAGGGUAGACAUGCUGCAGGAACCACUGCUUGAGGCGCUGAAGGUCUAUGUGCGGAAACGGAGGCCCAGCCGUCCCCACAUGUUCCCCAAGAUGCUGAUGAAGAUCACAGACCUGCGAAGCAUCAGCGCCAAAGGGGCUGAGCGAGUGAUCACGCUGAAGAUGGAGAUCCCAGGCUCCAUGCCACCUCUCAUCCAGGAAAUGCUGGAGAAUUCGGAGGGCUUGGACACUCUGAGCGGACAGCCGGGGGGCGGGGGACGGGAUGGGGGUGGCUUGGCGCCCCCGCCAGGCAGCUGUAGCCCCAGCCUCAGCCCCAGCUCCAACAGAAGCAGCCCAGCCACCCACUCGCCGUGACCACUGCGCCACUUGGACACAGCCCUGGCCCAUGCCCCGGCUUUCUCUGCCUCCUACCAACCACGCAACCCUGCCAGCCCUGCCCCCACCGGCCUCCCAGACAGAACUGGGGACCUUCCCAGGGGACAGGAGGGAGGAGGCAGCAACUCUCUGGACAAAGGCUUGGGCCCGCGAUGGACUGCCCUCUCUGCAGCCUGGGCUGACGUCGGGGGCCAGGCAGUGAGCCAAGUGAGGACCUGGGCCUGGACCUUGCGUUUGUCAAGACAGCCCUGCCCGCCUCGCCACAUCUUCAUCACCAGCAACGCCGGGACCUGGCUCCCCAUCCUCCAAACUCAAGCCAUUGCUCCCCGGUUGGGGAACCUCCCCCUGCCUCGGUUGGUGACAAAGGGGUGGCUGGGGUGGGGGGUUCCCCCUGUAUAUACCCUGCCAUACCAACACCCAGGUAUUAAUUCUCGCUGGUUUUGUUUUUAAUUUUUUUGUUUUGAUUUUUUUAAUAAGAAUUUUCAUUUUAAGCACAUUUAUACUGAAGGAAUUUGUGCUGUGUAUUGGGGGGAGCUGGAUCCAGAGCUGGAGGUGGGUGGGUCCUGGGGGAGGGAAGUGGCUCAGAAGGGCUCCCGCUCUCCCUCUGCGUCCCUGUCCCUCCAGCCCUCCUCCUCAGCCUUCUCCUCUUCAGUUUUCUCUUUAAUACUGUGAAGUACUAACUUUCCGUGGCCUGUCUUCCCCUCUGACUGGGGGAGCAGCCAGCCCCUUCCUCCCUCUUCCUAACCACUGGGUGUGGACAGUUUCGGGUAACCCUUGGAAGGAGGGGUCCUGGCCUUUGGCAUCUGCCUCCACUCAAUGACAAGUGGGGUAGGGGGAAGGACUGGGGUCCCUGGGGACGUGUAGAGUGCUUCUCUACAAUGUCUCUGCCUGUCAGGGCCCAAGUCAUCCAAGCCCCUAGCCCCACUGUGAAGGGGCCAGCCAGGGGUUCUGAGCUGCCUCUGCCCCCAGCCUCACAGCCACCAGCACCCCAAGGGGUCCCUGGACACACACACACAAACACACACACACACACACACACACGAGUUGAUGGGCUGACACACUUAGCCUGAGUUCCUCCAUUUCCCUGGCCUAUCCUCUAAUCCUGGCUUGCCCCACACCCAUGCCCCCUUCUUUUCCCGCAGGACGGGUGUAUGGGGGGGUCCCCUUCCCUUACCCCUGCACCUCUGGGCUGGGGGAGCUGGCUCUGCCCUGCCCUCCUGGCCCCAGGGCUGGGGUCCCAUCCCCCGGAGCCCACUGGCGCACCUGUUACUGUUGGACUUUCCACUGAGAUCUACUGGAUAAAGAAUAAAGUUAUAUUUAUUCUA